AAUGUGAGCUAUGAAAUCCCUUAUCAGAGGAAACAGGUUCAGAAGAUUCAGCAGCAACUGUUAGAGCUAGAUCGCAAGGAAGCUGAUAUUAAAAGAAGUGCUGCGCUCUCAGUGGCCAAGUACGCUGAAGCUUGCCAGGAGCUUGGAUUACAGGGGAAAAAUGUCCGAGUAGAACUUCUCGAGACAGCACAAUUACUUCCAAGCACGUUUCGCAAGAUUCUAGAUGUUGUGAACAAUGACAACAUGUCCCGGGCAAUUGAAUAUUAUACCAAUUUUGUCAGGGAUGCUCACACUGAAAAGGAUAGAUCUUUGGGAGAUGUAAUACAAAACUUGAAGAAUAUGCGUGAAAACCCCCCAUCUUUAAAUGUUGCUGUUGACUCUGACAUUAUCAGUGACGUGAAUGUUCAUGCAAGUAAAAAUGAAUUGAAUCCUGCAACAAGCAAUGCUGCAAUUGCUGUGCCUGACAUUGACUGGGAUAUUUCUGUGGAGAGUUCACAAAUUGAUUGGGACAUUGGAAUUGUUGAAGAAACUGAGGAUAAUGGUAAUGGAUUGGGUCCUUAUGAAAUCAUUAAUGCCUCUGAUAUCGGAUCUGAUCCAACAGUAUCAAACCAAGAACUGGGCUCACAUGCAGAUAUAUCUUGGGAUAUUAGUGUGGAUACUCCUCAGGUUGAUGUCAUUGAUGAUGAUAGUGCCCCAACUGUAGUGUUGGAGACCCAGACUUCUCUUCCAGAUGCCCUAUCAAAAUUGACAGAAAACAAGGAAGAAAGGAGCCAACUUUUAGAUACGGAGUACAGAAAUAAGAUUCUGGAUGAUCUAUAUGAGGUGAAAUCCUUUUUAAAUCAACGAUUGGCUGAAUUGAGGAAUGACGAAACUUUGUCCCUGCAAAAUCAAGUUCAGGCAGUUGCCCCCUUUGUGCUACAACAGUACGCUUCUGAUGCAAUAGAAACUAUGCAAAGUGAUAUUUCUUUGGCAAUUUCAUUGCUGACAAAUAGGAAAACGAGGGAUUUGAUUAUGAUUCUCAACUCCAAAAGAUUUCUAGACAGACUAGUCAAUUCAUUAGAGGAAAAGAAACAUCAUGAAGUCAAGUUGAGAGAAGGGUUGAAGGACUUGGCUGCUAAACGGAUGGAACUGCAAAAUUCUCUAUCUUCUUCAUGGUCCAAGCAAGAUGCGGCUGUGGCAAAAACAAAGGAGUUGAAAAAACUAUGUGAGAGUACACUUUCAUCGAUGUUUGAUGGAAGACCAGUUAAUAUAAUUGGAGAGAUCAACGCCAUUUUGACUAGUGGCGUUGGAGCAUGAGGAAGAGGAAUUUACUUUCAUGAUGAUCAAGCUUAUAGGUGGACAGUGGCGGGCCAAAAUAACUUUAGAAAAAUUUCUUUUAGUUUUU